AUGCUGCGAGGGGCUCAGCAUGCUCCAGCCCUCCUCCAGAGGGGCCUGACCCCCAGAGCCGCAGUGGGGAGCCAGACCUGCCUUUCCCUGCAGGAGUCUCACCAGACAGCGGCCGACUUCCGCCUCUACGUGGAGAACCGCACACAGCACCUGGACGAGGUGAGCCGCCGGCACGUCCGUGUCUACCAGCUGUACAGCCGCAGCAGCAGCGGGCACCUGCAGGUCCUGGGCAAGCGGGUCCGUGCCAAUGGGGAGGACGGCAACAAAUACGCGCUGCUGGCCGUGGAGAGCGACACCUUUGGGAGCCACGUUCGCAUCAAGGGCAAGGAGACCGGCUACUACGUCUGCAUGGACAGGAGGGGGAAGGUGCUGGGCAAGCUGGACGGGCGGAGCCAGGGCUGCGUCUUCGUAGAAGAAGUCCUGGAGAACAACUACACGGCCUUCCUGUCGGCCCGGCACCGGGGCUGGUACCUGGGUUUCACCCGCCAGGGGCGGGCACAGCGGGGGCCGCGCACCCACCGGACCCAGCGCGAAGGGCACUUCAUGAAGAGGCCCCCCAAGGGCACCGGGGGCGGGGGGCAGAGCCCGUUCCGCUUCACCGCCCUCACCCCGCGGGCUAAGCGGGCCCCAGGGCCCUAGAGGCAGGGGCCCGUGCCCAGCCAGUGCCCCAGGCCAUGCCCAGCUCAGCACGGCCAGCAGACGGGCUCCCAGCAUGCAGUUCUGCGUCCCACGCCAUGGGGGCAGGACACAGGCGCUGCCCCACAUGCCGGCAAGCGAAGCAGUGCAUGCUGGGAACGCCGGUCCCGUGGGCCGGACACGGGAGGAGGAGUGUGUGUGGUCCCACAGCGCAGGGCAUGGGCUGGGCAGUGCUGCCCCACAGCCCGUGACAGGGGGUUCACCCGACACGCCGCACAGGGGGCCGGGUCCUGCCCCACAGCCCGUG